CUGCAAAGCGCAUCGUCUUCCUGGUGCCUCCUACGUCACUAAACCGCGACGCACCGCAAAACAGCGCCACAUUUUGGGUUGCGCCGAAUAAUUUCGACAUAUACAGAUCAGUGCAGCCGUCGAUUCGGAGAUUACCAAAUACACGGCAUAGAUCAGGAAUUACAGUAAUGCACCAUGAGCCUAUUUGGCACAAACUCCGGGUUUGGAACAACGGGCACUAGUGUGUUUGGAAGCACAACGGCUGAUACACAUAAUCCCAUGAAGGAUGUUGAAGUGACCUCCCCGCCAGAUGAUAGCAUCAGCUGCCUGGCUUUCAGCCCACCCACCAUGCCAGGAAACUUUCUCAUCGGAGGAUCCUGGGCUAAUGAUGUCCGAUGCUGGGAAGUACAGGACAAUGGCCAAACGGUGCCCAAAGCCCAACAGAUGCACACGGGUCCUGUGUUAGAUGCCUGCUGGAGUGAUGAUGGGAGUAAAGUGUUUACUGCGUCAUGUGACAAGACAGCCAAGAUGUGGGAUCUCAACAGUAAUCAAGCAAUGCAGAUUGCACAGCAUGAUGGCCCAAUCAAAUCAAUUCACUGGAUAAAAGCCCCCAACUACAGCUGUGUCAUGACGGGUAGCUGGGACAAAACACUGAAGUUCUGGGACACCCGCUCCCCAAAUCCUAUGAUGUCUCUGCAGAUGCCAGAGAGGUGUUAUUGUGCAGAUGUUGUGUACCCCAUGGCAGUCGUGGCCACAGCUGAGCGAGGUCUCAUCGUGUACCAGUUGGAGAACCAGCCGUCUGAAUUUCGCAGACUUGAAUCCCCUCUUAAACAUCAGCACCGCUGUGUGGCCAUAUUCAAGGACAAGCAGAACAAGCCAACUGGAUUUGCACUGGGAAGCAUUGAGGGUCGUGUCGCCAUCCACUAUAUCAACCCCCCAAACCCAGCCAAAGAUAACUUCACCUUCAAGUGCCACAGGUCUAACGGGACAAACACAGCCACUCCACAGGACAUCUAUGCCGUCAACGCCAUCUCCUUCCAUCCUGUUCACGGAACUUUGGCAACCGUAGGCUCAGACGGACGCUUCAGCUUUUGGGACAAAGACGCCCGCACCAAGUUGAAGACAUCGGAGCAGCUUGAUCAGCCCAUUACAGCCUGCUGCUUCAACCACAAUGGCAACAUCUUUGCAUAUGCUUCCAGCUACGACUGGUCCAAGGGCCAUGAGUACUACAACCCCCAGAAGAAGAACUACAUCUUCUUGAGGAACGCCGCAGAGGAGCUGAAGCCUCGGAACAAGAAAUGAUUAUCCGUGCCAAGUCGCAUCUGGCGUGGGAAACCGUGGACGACCAGGUGCUUUAGUGUACGUAUACGCUCAAGAGAGACUCCUUCCUUUCAACAAACGCCUGGACCAGCUGCUGUGAGGCUGCAUCCUGUGUACGGACCAAUCAGAAACCUACCCAACCCGGCACCGCUGACAGCUGCUUGAUAACCGGUCAUGUAUGUUACCACACACAUGGAGGGUUUGUUAUUCAUUUAGAUCGGGGGGGGGUGGGGUUCUUCUGUGUCCUUAUGUUU